AUUCAAGAAAAGCAACUCGAAAAUGGUAAUGGUGAAAAUGGGGAUAAUCAUACCUUCAACAGUUAUGCUUGUGCUUGUGUGCUGGCUUCCACUAUCAUCUCCGGUACAUUUGGUUAUGAAACGGGAGUGAUGGCUGGAGCAGUAUUGUUCAUAAAGGAAGAACUUCUGAUCAGUGACGUACAAGUGGGGCUUUUGGUAGGGAUCUUGAAUGUGUUUGCACUACCAGGAUGCAUGGUUGCAGGAAGAACAUCUGAUUAUCUUGGUCGUCGUUACACCAUCAUUCUUGCUUCUAUCAUCUUCUUAUCAGGUUCCAUUCUAAUGGGCUAUGGUCCAUCCUAUCUAAUCUUGAUAAUCGGAAGAAGCAUCGUUGGAUUUGGCGUGGGUUUUGCAUCCAUGAUAGCACCACUUUACAGUGCAGAGAUUUCAUCUCCUUCCCAUAGAGGUUUUCUCACUUCUCUCCCAGAUGUUUCCCUCAACUUCGGACUCUUGUUUGGCUAUGUCUCAAACUACUUCCUCGGAAAGUUAACCUUGAAACUCGGGUGGAGAACCAUGUUGGCUCUUCCUGCGAUUCCGUCGCUUGUUCUUGUCAUUCUCAUGUUGAAAUUGGCGGAGUCUCCAAGGUGGUUGGUGAUGCAAGGACGUGUAGGUGAGGCCAGGAAAGUGCUUAUGCUGGUUUCUAACACAAAGGAAGAAGCUGAACAACGGUUGAAGGAAAUAAAAAAAGCAGCUGGGAUUGAUGAAAAGUGCAGCCAAGACAUUGUGGAGGUUCCGAAGAAAAGUCGCAGUGGUGCAGGAGCUCUUAAGGAGCUGCUUUGGAAACCUUCAGCACCUGUGCGAAGGAUUGUAAUUGCAGCUAUUGGAGUUCAUAUGUUCCAACAAAUAUGUGGAAUCGAGGGUAUUUUGCUAUAUAGUCCAAGGGUGUUUGAGAGAGCAGGAAUGAUAGGCAAGAGCAAUCUUCUUCUGGCUACGGUUGGCAUGGGAAUUAGCCAAGCAUUGUUUACAUUCAUAUCAGCUUUCUUGUUGGACAGAGUUGGGAGGAGGAUUCUGCUGUUGAUUAGUGCAGGAGGUGUGGUUGUGACACUGUUAGGUUUGGGUGUUUGCAUGGCCAUGGUGGAGCAUUCCAAGGAAAAGCAAUUAUGGGCAAUAAGGUUUAUCAUUGUGUUUAUCUACAUCUGUGUGGCUUUUGUGGGUCUUGGUAUUGGACCUGUAACAUGGGUUUAUAGUUCUGAGAUUUUCCCCCUGAGGUUAAGAGCACAAGGUCUUGGUGUUGGUGUGACUGUGAAUAGAAUUUCGAAUGUUGUAGUGGUUACCAGUUUCAUUUCAGUUUAUAAAAAGAUUACAAUGAGUGGGAGUUUCUUUUUGUACACUGCUAUCACUGCUUUGGCUGGGUGGUUCUACUUUACCUUACCUGAAACAAAAGGAAGAUCGUUGGAAGAUAUGGAGGCAAUCUUUGAGAAACAUUCAAAAUCUGAGACACAAAACUUAUAA